CUGUGUCGGACUUCACAGCGACAACACACACACACACACACACACACACACACACCGGUGCUACUGUUCACCACGAAUGCUCUUCGCAAUCCAUUGAAAUUAUUAAUUGUGCACUGGUUGAUUUUUUGUGCAAUUUAUGAUUUUACCGUCUAAUGUAUGAUGCUACGGAGCGUGCAUUUAUACCGCUGCACGCUCGCAGGCGCAGUGCAAUUUACUUUUUUAUUUGUAUGCUGUUGUUUACAUCUCGCGGUAAGAUGCUCUGCAGAUGGCGAGAAAAUACAUAUGGUAUUAGAUGGACGUUGGCAUGGCGACUCAUCUCGCAUCCUUGACAACCUGGAGCACUUUAUCACUUAUCCACAUUGGCUCAGCCCUGCCAGACACAAAAGAUCUCAUGUGGGCAUUGAGCACCCGUCUGAGGCAGAGGUCAAGAUAACCGCAAAAGGAGAAGAUCUGAUCCUACAACUCCAGAGAAAUGAGGAGCUGUUCUCCCCUCAAUAUCAAGAGAUAUGGUAUGAUCCAAAUGGCAUCCGACAGUUUUCCAGACGUUCCAACAGGGAUCACUGUUAUUAUCAUGGGACAGUCAGAGGGAUUCAGGGGUCCAGUGUGGUCCUCAGCACCUGUGCAGGACUCAGGGGCUUGAUAACACUCAACAACAGCUUGAGCUACAUGAUCGAACCGCUAGCUAACCAAACACACUCUCAGGGACAUGCUGUGUACAACGCUCAAAGCCUGAAACUGCCAGUGGGCACCUGCGGACAUCUCCAUGGAGACGGGAAUCACACGGAAAGCCUUCAAGAGCUGAUUGAUGUAAUGGCAUGGCCUCAGCGAAUCAGUAGGGAAAGAAGGGAUGUCAGCAGUAGCAUGAAAUAUGUGGAGCUGAUGGUGGUGGCUGACCAUGCAGAGUUUGUGAAACACGGUCGGGACCUUGAAAGGACCAAAACUAAGCUGCUUGAAGCAGCCAACUUUGUGGAUAAGUAUUAUAAAACACUGAACAUCCGUGUUGCCCUGAUCUGGUUGGAGAUCUGGAAUGAUAACGAUAAGAUCAGUGUUUCCGACAACCCCUACAGCACUCUGGGUGCGUUUCUGGACUGGAGGAGGAAACAGCUGCCACAGCUGCCCAAUGACAAUGCUCAGCUUGUAACGGGCGUGUCAUUUCAGGGCACCAUCAUUGGUCUGGCACCCCUAAAAGCCAUGUGUUCUGAAUACCAGUCAGGUGGAGUCAAUUCGGACCACUCUGACAAUGCUGUUGGUGUUGCUGCUACUAUGGCUCAUGAGAUGGGGCAUAACUUCGGUAUGAGUCAUGACAGUCCAGGCUGCUGUCUCGCCCAACCUGAUGAUGGAGGCUGCAUCAUGGCUGCUGCCACAGGGCAUCCGUUCCCUCGUGUCUUUAACCCCUGCAAUGAGAAGGAGCUGAAGCGCUACCUGAGCGCGGGCGGGGGGAAGUGUCUGUUCAACCCUCCCAACACCAAGGUCAUGUACGGAGGCCAUCGCUGUGGAAACGGAUACCUGGAGGAAGGAGAAGAGUGUGACUGUGGAGAUGUUGAGGAGUGUUCAAGUCCCUGCUGUAAUGCCAACAACUGCACGCUGAAGAUCGGAGCCGAGUGUGCACAUGGAGUCUGCUGUCAUGAGUGCAAGCUGAAGAAUCCGGGAGUGAUGUGUCGUCCACCAUCAGGCUCUUGUGACCUGCCUGAAUUCUGUGAUGGCAAAUCAGAGUCGUGUCCUGCUAACUUUUACCUGGUGGAUGGCAGCAGCUGUGCAGGAGACAAAGCCUACUGUUACACGGGCAUGUGCCUGACACUGGAGCAACAGUGCCUCUCUCUCUGGGGCAAAGAUGCCCGCCCUGCUCCUGGUCUUUGCUUUACUAAAGUAAAUGAAGCAGGUGAUUCUUUUGGAAACUGUGGCAAAGACCUGAUGGGGAAAUACAGAAGCUGCACGGAGAGGAAUGCUAAAUGUGGAAAGAUUCAGUGCCUGAGUGCUGCCAGCAAGCCUAUUGAAUCCAACGCUGUCUCCAUUGACACCAACAUCCAGGAUGGUCAACAGAAGAUCCUGUGCAGAGGGACACAUGUGUACAAACUUGGGAUGGGUGAGGAGAACCAGGGAGACACUCUAGACCCAGGCCUGGUUCUAACCGGCACCAAAUGUGGCGAGAACGCGAUUUGUUUUGAAGGGGAAUGCCGCAAUGCGUCUUUUCUGCAAUCAGAUGACUGCAAUGCCAAAUGUCAUGGCCAUGGGCUUUGCAAUAACAACCACAACUGCCAUUGUAACUCAGGCUGGGCACCGCCCUUUUGUGACAGUACAGGUACAGGGGGCAGUGUAGACAGUGGGCCUGUGAUCACACACAGCAGUCUUUAUCUUGUCCUGGUUCUACUCUCACUGUUUUUUCUAUUGGCUGUUCUGGCUGUCUGCUGCUGCAUCUGCAAACAGAAGAUCCGCCCCCUCAAAGGCUCCGCCCUUCCUGCUACUCAAAUAUGCAUCAAUGUUCCAGACUCCCUUGAGUGUAAAAGUCACAGCAUAGGUCACGCCAACCCAGUGUUCCAGCCAAAGAAACCUCACGCUGAUGAACAGCAGCGCAGUCCUCGGGCGAGUCCUACAGGUCCACCUCGAUCCAGACAUUGUAUCGUCCGACCCACUGUGAAGUCGUCUCCAAUCCCAGCCUACGCUGCGCAAAAUCAAAGUUUACAGUAUUCAGAGACUUCCAAACCAUCUCCAUCAGCUCCCCCAAAAACAAGACCACUCCCCCCUAACAGACCCCCUCCACCCUGUCCCAUGACCAAACCCUCCCAGGCUGCAGAGAUGGUGCCUAAGAAUGGCUUGCCAGUGUUGGCAGCCAUGUUGCAGAAAGGGAAAAGCAAUCUAAUACCCCCUUCUGGACACUUCCAAAAUGUCAGGUUCCAAAGUGAAGUUUCUGGAAAGAGCUGAUUCUGAGUGAAGCUCAUCCGAAUGCUCUUGCACCUUGAAGAUGUCCUGAAGAGUGACCAAUCAAACUGCCUCACACAAAGUGAUGCUCGCCUUAUUGACUUGAAAACAGAAUUAAGGAUACCAUAUUAUUUUCUUUUUUUCAGGGGGUACAGUUCCACUAUUCAUGUGCCAUAUGCUCCAUUUGUUAUGUUAUGUCUAUUAUAUUAUAGAGACCGUAGAGAAAAGAUCAAUCAAAAAUAUGAAGUAUGGCAUUAUAAUCCAAUAAGAGCAUGGGUCAUCUGAAACAUUACUUUGCACCAAGAAGAAGAAAUGUAGAGUUUUUAUUGUAUGGAAGUGUGUUAUACUGUAUGAACUGAGUAAACUGGAAAUGUCAGAUUGGUCUAGUCAUGAACUAACUGACAGGAAAUAUAGUUUAGUGCUAUGGUGCAUCUGUGCUCAGGAAACCAGUCUGGAAAAAAAAAAAAAGAAUCAAGAUUUCAAAAAGGUAAGAAGAUUGUUUGCUUAGCAAUAAUAGUUUAGAAACUCCGAUAAACUGUACAGCGCUGUUUUUUAUGUUGAAUUUUGAGUAACAGGUAAAAACAACCUGUCUUAAAGGGUGUUUGCAAUGAUGCUGGACAUUAUGGGAUGGAAGAAAGAGUUUACAUCUUGUGCUUUGUUUUUGAAUUCUUAAAUGAGAGAAAUAUGUUCUCUAAUUACCUUUUUAUUUUAUUUUUUAUAACAUUUGAUUAAAUGUUCUUUUUAAAUAAGGGCAUUAAACAGGGAAUGUAUUUUAGGUUUAAAUAACAUGUAUACAUGUAAAUGUGUAGCUGAAGUUUUGUUUUUAGCCUUUUGGGAAGGAGUUGAAAUAUCUACUCUUGUUUUCCCUGGAUGAAUAAUAAUAAUCUCUCAUCAUGCUUAAUGUUUUGGGAGACUAUAUGACCAAUGUACUGGAUUUCUGACUUUUUCAUGAUGUACAUCAUUCAUAAUGUUAAGAUUUGAGAUGCAAUGAUGAUGCCUUAACUAAAAUGAUUCAUUUUAUUUCUCUUUGAGACAUUGUGUAUAGUGGAUGUAAAGUUUGCUUGAUAUUAUAGACUGCAUAGGAAGCUGGAAAAAAGGUCACCACAGUUUUUAUUUUGGCUUAAUUUCAGUUUCUGUUAUUAUGAGAAUAAAAACAUUUUGUCCUAUGCAAAAUGGGCAUUAAUGCCAUGCCUUCCAUGUCACAUCAGAAAUAAAUUUCCAUUGGUUAUUCUUGA